AUGGCAACGCCGAAAUGCGUCUGCGAACGGGUUUUCACGCCCGGAGCAAAUGUCCCAGAAGGGUUCAACCAAUUAAGCAUCGCACGUUGGACGAAGCAAAAAAGCCUUUGCGCCGCGGCGCCCCGUAUCAGUACGUCUGGUCUGUACGAUACUUCGCAGCCUUUCACCCACCGAUUCGCGCAGUUCGUCAGGCGCUUUGAAACGGUUGAAAAGCUGCGACAUGGAUCUUGCUUGGGCACGUUGCCGGAACCCAUUGCCCAGCCCAGAGUCCCAGACAUUUGUCUUUCCGACAACGGCAAUGGCGCAUUGGGAGCUUUGGACACCAGCUCCAACUCUAUUUCCGGGACAUGGCCACGGCUUCCUCUCGCCGGCCCAAUCUCGACACCUCUGUUGGCAUUAUCAGAGCUCGCAGUGGCACUCGCUGUCUUGCGCUCAGUCAGUGCCCUCAGGUCACGCUACGUUGGACGUUAUGCGAUGGCUACACGAGAGAUCACCAAGAGAUCAAUGUUGGGCAAGGCCCGCAAACACAACCGACUCUGA